AUGCCCAUAUUUGAUCGCAGUUGCCCUCUCAGAACGCCCCUUACAUUCGCCUUCGCCUUCGCAUACUGGCUUUUCCUUCGCGCUAGCCGUCUUCCGUCCAUCUCAUUCCUCGGACACUUCAUCAAAUCUUCAUGGCCAUAUCGGAUUUCUCUACAGGAUGUCCUCGCCAGACAGUGGAAUAUGCCAAACCACACCUCUGACGACAUCGAUUUCCUCCUCGGCCCUAAGCGCUUCAGAUACGCAUGGGAAUGCACCAGUCGACAUAUGUUCAAUGCGGCUCAAAUCACGCCGUUGAUGCUGUCCGCGAUGACGUUACUCGAGCAUAGUCCCAAUAUCGAGGACGUCCAAGACUACCUUCAUUACCUGGCUGAAGACGCAGGGCUCGCCAACCAGCUAUCGGUGUGUCUCGCUGAAGUCGGGCCAGCCAGCACAUCAGAUGCGAGCAUCUCUGCGGUGCAAAUGGCCACUUUCAUUUUACAGGAAAUCUUGGCCCAAGAGAUAGAAGACCCAGUCUAUCACGCCUACCGUGGUGUUUACAUAGACCUGAUCCUCGUGAUCGCCAGAUCAGACUCGCGUAUAAUCGCAGAAGAUACGCGAUAUGACCUCAUCGCGCGUCUCUGCCUCUGUCAUCUACGUUACUCUCUCCUUUACCUCGGUCAGCGUGCAUCCGAUCUAGAGCUCUUUUCACUCCCCGAAACCGAUGUAUCGCGCCACUUCUCUCAACAGGGCCAAUACCCGAUCAACUUCACGGAUCUGCAUCGCAGCACGCUACUCUUGAUGCUGAACUCGUGGCAGUACAAUAGGGUCGACGCGAGCUGGCGCAAUCCGACCAGUGCAGACUGGCAACAUGAUGCAAGCUCAUGCCUAGUUCCUCUGCACGAUAGUCAAUGCUGCAGAAUGCGUUAUGGGCCGCGAUCCCACGUUGCGGCGUGCAAUGCAUUGACGAUGAUAUCGCAUAUCCUAGAUGCGUCUGACGCGGAUAGAACUUACGUUCUCAACGGAGAUCUUCUCGAGCGCUUCUUCCGCUUACAGCGAGGAUUUCCGCUGGUAGACUGGCAGUUCUACCUCCCGAUGAGACGAAAGGCAGACCGCAAUCUUCCAGCCUCAGAGGAGUUCAUCUCUGUCAUACGCAAGGCGGGUUUGCAAGCAUGGUUGAAUCCAGGAAGCGAUCUCAGUACAGGCCCACCGGACGACCCUCAUCUUCGAUUCCUCACACGGACUUUCGAGGUGGGAAACGGAUUCACCGCCCGUUCAUUCACUCUUCUGGAUGUUAUACGAAGUUUGGCACAUCAUGUCGAUCUCACGAAGUCGGCCGGCGCGGUAUACACAAUGUCAACCGAUGUAUCAGCUCCUUGCGCCCAUGCUCACGGUGCUGAUCAUCGCGCGGGUGGCGCACAGACCAUACCUCACAGCUACGCGGGCAUGGACGCACCUGCACUCAAGGAUACGCGACCCGAACACGCGCUUAACGACGAGAAGGAGGUGCCUCCAGAGUAG